AUGUAUGUGAGCCAUACUUUGGAAAAAGGAGCCAGCAUGUAUCCAGGACUGAAAGGGCUAGACAGGAACCAGCCAGCAGCCCAGAACUUUAACUCCUCAGCACCUUGCCCAGAUUACAUGAAUUACCAUUCUCAACAUUUAGCAAGUAUGGAAAACCAACCUUUCAGAGGCUGGGAGAGUUACUAUGGCCUUCCUGGGGAAGACUGGAAUGCUGGUGGCCCAGGACCCUCCAGCACCGGGACCCUCACCCAGAUCAACAGGUCUUCUUCUGGAAAGGUCUCCUUCACUCCUGCCAGUUACAAUGUUUUCAAUCCUGCUGGUCCUGCGGCUUUACCUUCUCUAGACACAAUGAACGCAGAGGCAAGCUCUCAUCCCCGCAGCCAGCGGCCCGGCUCCUAUGAAUGGAUGAGGAAGAAUAUGUCAUCGAGCAACGCAGGAAAAACGAGAACGAAAGAAAAGUACCGGGUGGUUUACACUGAUCAGCAGAGACUAGAACUCGAAAAAGAAUUUCACUGCAACAGAUACAUAACGUUAAGAAGAAAGUCUGAACUUGCAGCAUACCUGGGACUAUCCGAGAGACAGAUCAAAAUCUGGUUCCAGAAUCGCCGUGCUAAGGAGAGGAAGUUGUUCAAGAAGAAAAUAUCUCAGUUCAAUGGAAACGGAGGCUCUGUGCGAAGCGAGUCACAUUCUGCCAGCCCCGUGGAACUGCCCGCCUCUUUAUUCUCAGCCACACAUCCAAUUAAUGGAUUGGAGCCUCUUGAAAUCCUGCAGAUCGUGGCUACGGACUGA